AGCAUCAUCGUGCCUCGUUUACCCACUUUCUGAGUCAACAAACGUCCUGCGGGAAGAAGAAAAGAAAGAGCGCGCGCGAGAGCGAGAGAGAAUUUUCUGGCCGAAACUGUGGAGCUUUGCAAAAGGAAGUAGAAUUGCCUCCCCACAACAACACACAAAGAAAACAAAGUAGACAAUCAAGUACCCGUCCCCUCCUUCUGUUUGUUUCUCUUCGUCCUCUGCAACCAUGUCCACGGCUCGUCGCGAUACGCUCGUGGCGAUCGAGCGGGAGACGCAGGCGGCGUGGGAGGCGAAGAAGCUGCAUCAGUGGGACGCCCCGCUGCCCGGCGAGCCCCGCCCGCCGAAGUUCUUCACGACGUUCCCGUUCCCCUACAUGAACGGUCAGCUACAUCUGGGUCACACCUUCUCCGCCUCCAAGUCCGAGUUCGCCUCGCGCUUUCAGCGCAUGAUGGGCCGCAGCUCCCUCUGGGCCUUCGCCUUCCACGUCACGGGCACCCCCAUCGCCGCGUGCGCGCAGAAGAUUCGCAAGGAGAUGGAGGAGUACGGCAACCCGCCGGAGUUCCCGCCCGAGGUGCUCGACUCGAAGCCGCACUCGCCCGUCACGCCGUCGGCGAACGCACCGGUCGGGGCGCACAGGAGCAAGCGGGGCAAGGCGGGCCCGGCGAAGCCGCAGUGGAUCAUUAUGGAGUCGAUGGGCAUCCCGUCGGUGGAGAUCCCGCAAUUCGCCGACCCGCAGCACUGGAUCGACUACUUCACCCCGCGCGCGAUUGAGGACCUGAAGCGGCUGGGCUGCCACAUCGACUGGCGCCGCACCUUCAUCACCACAGACCGCAACCCCUACUACGACCGCUUCAUCCAGUGGCAGUUCCGCCAGCUCUACGAAAAGAAGAUGCUGAACUACGGCAAGCGCUACUGCGUGUACUCGCCGCGGGACAACCAGCCGUGCGCCGACCACGACCGGGCCAGCGGCGAGGGCGCCCUGCCGCAGGAGUACACGGUGGUGAAGCUCACGGUGCAGGACCCCCUCUCCCAGCCGUGCUUCGCCGCACACAAGGACAUCAUCGGCACCCGCAACGUCGUCCUGCCCGGCGCGACCCUGCGGCCCGAGACGGUGACGGGGCAGACGAACUGCUGGGUGAGCAACAAGUUCAACUACAAGGCGUACUACGUGCGCAGCAAGAAGGGCGAAGACGAGGUUUACAUCAUGACCGCCCGCGCGGCGCGCAACAUGGCCUACCAGGACUUCUACAUCAACGGCAAGACGGGCUGCGACCCCGAGCCGCUCUUCGAGGUGGAAGGGACGAGCAUGGUGGGCAUGCCGCUGAGCGCACCGUUCGCGAAGUACAAGACCGUCUAUACCCUGCCGAUGAGCACCAUCGCGGAGUCAAAGGGCACCGGCGUGGUGAUGUCCGUCCCGUCCGACUCGCCGGAUGACUACAUCAACUUCUCCCAGCUGUGGAACAAGCCGGAGUACCGCGCCAAGAUCGGUGUGAAGGAUGAGUGGGUCAUGUCGUGUCCGAUGGUGCCGCUGAUUGACAUCCCGGAGCUUGGCACGGAGGGGGCGAAGUACAUGUGCGAGAAGCUGAAGAUCAACGGCCCGAACGCGACGGACUUGCUGGAGGAGGCGAAGAAGGUGUGCUACCAGCAGGGCUUUUACCACGGCGUGAUGAUUCUCGGCCCCUGCAAAGGCAUGAAGGUGAGCGAGGCAAAGGUGAAGAUGCAGGCGAUGAUGGAGGAGGCGGACCAGUGCAUCCGCUACUACGAGCCGGUGCGCCAAGUGAUGAGCCGCUCCGGCGACGAGUGCGUCGUGGCGCUGUGCGAUCAGUGGUUCCUCGAGUACGGCCGCGAGGACUGGAAGAACAUGGUGCUGGAUCACCUGAAGCGGAUGAACCUCUUCUUCCCGGGUAUCCGCAACGCCUUCGAGGAGACGCUGAACUGGCUGGCGGACUGGCCGUGCAGCCGCACCUUCGGCCUCGGCACUCUCCUCCCGUGCGAUGCGACCAAGACGAUGAUUAUCGACAGCCUUUCCGACUCCACCAUUUACAUGGCGUUCUACACCAUCGACCGCUUCUUCAACGUCGGGGCGGACGGCUCGAUUGGGCUGACCGGCAAGGCGGACAACCCCUACGGUCUGACGCCGGAGAUGUUCACCGAUGACACCUUCGACUACAUCUACCACGGCAAGGGCGACGCGGCCGCGGUGGCGGCGAAGGUGCACAUCCCCCUGAAGGUGCUCGAGCUGAUGCGCAACGAGUUCACCUACUGGUACCCGGUCGACCUCCGCUGCUCCGGCAAGGACCUGAUUCAGAACCACCUGACGGAGUUCCUGUACAAUCACGCGGCCAUCUGGUCCGACGACGAGAGCAAGUGGCCGCAGGCCAUCUACUGCAACGGCCACAUCCAGGUCGACAAUGAAAAGAUGGCGAAGUCGAAGGGCAACUUCAUCUCGAUGCGGGAGGCGAUGGAGACGUACGGGGCAGACGCCACGCGUCUUGCGUGUGCCGACGCCGGCGACAGCUUGGAUGACGCCAACUUCGUGCGCGAGACGGCCGCCGGCUUCAUUCUGAAGCUGACGACCCUGCUCGAGCAGGCGAAGGAGGCGGUGGACCGCACCGACCUGCGCACCGGCGACUUCAACGAGUUCGACCGCAUCUUCAACAACAUCAUGAACACGAUGAUCACCAAGACGGAGACCUACUACCACAAUAUGCAGUUCCGCAUGGCGCUGAACACGGCCUACCACGAGCUGUCGAACGAGUACAGCCAGUACAAGAUGUACUGUGAUGACUUGAACGUGCACGCGGAUGUGGCCCGGCGCUAUUACGAGGUGACGGCGCUCAUGCUGAUGCCGCUGGCACCGCACACGAUGGAGCACCUCUGGCAGAAGGUCCUGCAACACGAGGACUCCGUCGUCACGCAGCUCUUCCCGAAGCCGACGGCGGAGCUGGACUACUCCCUCAUCGUGGCGAACCGUGUCAUGACCGCCGUGAUAAAGGAGAUCCGCUCGCAGGUGACCAAGAACGCGAAGAAGCGCGGCCCGAUCGAGGAGGUCGUCAUUUACACCCGCCCGGUGUACCUCGACUGGCAGCUGGAGGCGCUGGAGAUAUUGCAGGCCAUCUACCGUGAGAACGGCAACAGCUUCCCGGAUGACCUGACGAAGCAGGUGGUGGCCCGCGACAGCUCCAUCAUGAAAAAGAGCAAGGGGCUGAUGCCUUUCAUGGCCUUUGUCCGCGCGAAUGCGGAGAAGUACGGUGAGCAGGCGAUGCUGCAGCAGCCGGUGAUCGACGACUACGCCAUGCUGACGGACAUCACGCACAACGUAAGUCGCCUGACGGGUGUGCCGACGGUGCGUGUGAUGUCCGCCGACGACACUACCUACCCCGAGCACGAGGCGGCACGCAACAAGGCGCUGGCGGGCGAGCCCUCCGUCGCCUUCCCUCCCGCCCCCAAGGCAUGA